AUGCCCGAGCCGCCGCAUCCGAGCCUCCCCAAGGCCGCCUACCCGGUCCACGCCGCGCGCUUCGACCCCUGGAACUCGUCGUCGACGGGCCACCAGCGCGGCGACCGCCGGCCGGGCACGUCGUGGCGGGAUGCGCGCACGCGCAAGGUCAAUGCCCAGUUCCGCGGCGGCGGCGGCGGUGAGGGCAGCGGUGGCGAUGGUGAUGUUGGAGCCGGAGGUGCGUCGGGGGGACAGCAACUGCCGUUUGGCCACGGGCAGCAGCGCAGCGUGGCGGAUAUGCUGGCCCGGCCGGGCCUCAUGCGGGAAGCCAUGGAGCAGCAGGGCAGCGGCGGCUUGAAGACGAGCCGCGGCGUGCUCGCUGCUACGAGUACCAGCAGCACGGCUUCAUGUGCGGCCGGAGACAGGCGGCGGCAGCAGCAGCCGGCAAUGGCGAUCCCGGCAACGACAACGAAGACGGCCGGGGAUGCCGGUACGGACAGCCGCACCGGAGACAUCCCGCCCGCGUUCAAGGAGAGCGGCGGCGGCGGAGGCAUCCUCGCCGGCGUGGUCGCAUACGUCAACGGCAGCACCUACCCGCUCGUCUCGGACCACCGGCUGCGGCAGCUCCUGGCCGAGCACGGCGCCUCCAUGUCGCUGCACCUCGGCCGCCGGCGCGUCACGCACGUCAUCCUGGGCCGCCAGGCGUCGGCGGGCCGCGGCGCCGGCGGCGGCCUGGCGGGCGGGAAGCUGGAGAGGGAGAUUCGCCGCGUCGCCGGCUGCGGCGUCAAGUAUGUCGGCGUGGAGUGGAUCCUGGAGAGCAUCAAGGCCGGGAAGAGGCUCCCCGAGGCGCGCUUUGCGACGUUGAAGAUUGCGCCCCAGGCGCAGGCAAGUGUCUACGGGCUGUUUUCCGGACGAGACGCCGCGGGGCCUCGGAUAUGA